AUGCAAUUCUCUACCAUCACCUUCCCAAUCCUCGCCCUCUUCCUCACCAACACCCUCGCUAUGCCCUCGAGCCCCAACACCAACGUCCUCGAUUCUCGCAGCGACAGCUGCUACAGCUCCUGCUCCUGCGGCACUGUCGUUCCCGCCUGCCUAGGAGCCAAAGUAGUCGGACAAACCAAGUGUCGCUGUGACGGACAAGCCGGAACUUGCGAUGUGGUUAUGUGUCCAGAUCUUUCUCUUAAGCAAGUGUUGGUUUGCGGUCAAGAAGGUACUGGAUGUGUUUGGGUUUAA